UUUAGGUAGGUUUCAGCAAUUUACCAAAUCAUCUGUUCGACGCUGGUCAAAGUCCAUGUCAAGAACGUUGAUUCUUGCUCCGAUAGCUUCAACGCGGUGACGAAGAAGAUGCAAUGAAUUCAAAGAAUCAAAAGCAAGAGCUUCGCCAUUCCAUGGCAGAUGCGCAUCAAAUCCUCGAUUGCCGAUAAUACGUAAGUACUUACCUGACCACCAUCCUGCUAUCUGACACACAUGCCUAUCUUCCGUCGCCGUCAACCUGUCCUGAAAUGAUUUCGAAACCUGAUUCCCCGGCACCGGCAGUACAGUCCAUCCAGCGCUCUUUAUCGGAAAUCUGCGACCCGGACCAAAACUACUUCUGGGAAAUCCCUAGGCGGUUUUCCGAGUAUACCAGUUGGCUUCAGUUGGUUUUGAAUCACUUCACCAGGUCUUCGCAGGAAACCUUCUCCCCGUCUGUGGAAACUUCACUGAAAGGGAUCGCAGGAGAUUUGAAGAAAGCCGCGGAGACGUUAUCAGUUUAUCGGAAUAAAAGCAAAAUCUUUGUUCUAAUCCACUGCAAACCCCUAUGCGCAUCUCUCCACGAGUGCUCGAUAGCGAUUGGAGGAUGGCUAGCCCUGCUCGAGUCGGCUCUUAUCGACAACCCAGACCUCCGUAAGAAGGUUUCCGAUCUCUCCAGGGAAAUGAAGCAACCUCAAUUCAGAGUGACGGAGAACGAAGAGAGGGUGUUCUGCACCUUACAGAAAGAAGGGCAAGGUAGACAAACAAGCAAAGCAGUACAGAGUGCUAUAAUCAUGGAUUUAGCUCGUGCACUAGGAACUGAGCCUGGAGACCACGGUGGGCUAGCAGAGCAGAUCGAACUCUUGAAGAACGAUGUUGCCCGCUCAAAUUCUGUUUCCGAGAGACGGAUUUUGAUGUCUCUGGAUAGAAUUGUUGAUAAUUGGUCUGUGGAGCCAGACAUUACUGGGCAAAAUUUGGAAUUUGAUAGAGAAGAGGACGUACAUAUUCCACCCUUCAAGAACUUCAUCUGUCCAUUGACAAAGGAAGUCAUGAAGGACCCUGUCGUCCUGGAAUCUUCUCAGACUUAUGAAAGGACGGCAAUCGAAUAUUGGUUUAAGCGGUGUAUAGAAGAUGGACGUGAUCCAACAUGUCCUGUUACUGGACAGGUCCUCAAUUCAUUGGAACAGAAGCCAAAUAUUGGUCUUGCUGGUGCAAUUGAGGAAUGGAUCACUAGGAACAUUGACAUUCAAAUUAAAUCAACUGUGCAGCUUCUUAGUGAGGGUUCUCUUCCUUCAGCAGACUGCAUCGAACGGGUUUUGGAUAAUAUAUAUAAGAUCUCUGAAGAGCACCCAUCAAGUAGAUACAAAAUAAGGGACGCAGGCAUUGUUGUUCUCAUCAUUAAUAUGUUGAAAAACAGUUCAAAAAAUAUUGGGUCGCAAUUGAGAAGCAAAGCUCUUAUGGCUUUACUUAGCAUGGCCAAAGAUGAAGACAGCAAGGUAAAAAUGCUAGAAGAAGGUACCAUUAGAUUGGCUAUACGUAGUCUUAUUGGGAGGUCAGAGAAAGAGAGAGAAUAUGCGGUGAAAGUAUUACUGGAAUUUUCAAAUGAUGAAAGUUGUUGUGUAAAAAUUGCAUCAGAGAAAGGGGCCCUAGUUGUCCUCUCAAGCAUGGCUGGUAAUCUGGAGCAUCCUGGUUUAUCUAAUCUAGCUGAGGAAAUCUUGAAGAGGAUGGAAAAAGUUGAGGAUAAUGUUGAGUCAUUAGCAGCAGCAGGAAGAUUUCAACCUUUACUUACUCGACUAUGCAAAGGUAACGGUGAAGUUAGAACAGAUAUGACAUCAAUUUUGGGAAGGAUGACUUUGACAAAUAGUGGUAAAGAACAAAUUGCUAGGCAAGGUGCUAAAAUACUUGUUGAUAUGCUGUCCAGACCAGGAGAAAGGAAACCAAGCUUGCAAGCAUUGUAUAAUCUAUCCACCCUGGAUGAUAAUGCUACCAUCCUUGUUGAUUCUGCUGUGCUUCCUGCCCUUACAGACAUUGUUUUGAGAAACCAAGAUGUUCUGUCCGAUGUGAAGGAAUUGUCUGCAUCAAUCAUAUCAAACAUAGUCUCAAAUCCAGGGCACUGGGAAUUGGCAUCUGCUGACAAGAAAGGAAAUUUGAUGCAUUCAGAAGCCAUCAUCUGUAAUCUUUUGGAGCUUCUAUCUUUUGCCUCCCCUAAAUGUCAGGUUGCAGUCCUUCAGAUCCUUUAUGGAAUUUCCUCUUCUCCUCAGGCGUCAGAUCGAGUAGCUAGACAUAUAAAAUCCAGUGAUGGCAUCAAGGCAAUUAUACCGUUUCUGGAACACCAAGAAGCUGACCAUAGGAUUUGUGCUUUUAAGCUUACAAGAAUACUCUCAGAAAAAUUGGGCCAAGUCCUGGUUGAUGGGCUAAGAACUUCUAACAAAAUUCCAUUGUUGAAAGAAAAACUAUUAGAUAACGAAUGCACAGAUGAUGAGAGAUCAGAGGCUGCAUAUAUACUUGCUAACCUCCCACUAUUUGAUGAUGAGGUGAAAACAGUUCUAGGAACCAGUCUUGUUGGAUGGACAGUCGUCGCUCUCAGAGAGCAUCGUCGUAGUUCCAGUCAGAGGACCUCUCGGGCAACGUCACGUAUGGUGGAAGGCCUUAUUGGCAUCUUAUUGCAUUUCUCAAAGAGCUCCGAUCCAAUAAUUCAGGGUGUGGUUCAAGAGCAUAAUCUGAUGACAAUAUUCUCUGAGCAGCUUGGCUUUCCCUUGAAUUCAAGAAUGAAGCAACGAGCAGCUCUUGGUUUGAAGUACUUGUCCGAGUCUGGAAGGGCAUUGGCUGCAAUAAGGGAUUCAGAACCCCAGCCUCCACCUGGGUUAUGCUUUUCCCUGAUGUUCAUGUGUGGGAGGGCAUCUAUGGUCCCAACAACAUGUCCCAUACAUAAUGUGGCAUGUGAGGAUGACAGCCAGUUUUGCUUGCUGAAGGGUAAUUGCAUCAAACCUCUUGUUGAUCUUCUGGCAGAUGAAGACACCAGUGUUCAAAUUGCUGCAGUGGAGGCGCUUUAUACCCUUGUUUCAUCUGGGACUUCUCAUGGUCUCAAACGGGCCGUUGAUGAACUUGAAGAAUUGGGUGUAAUUGAUACUGUGAUCAAGUUAUUUACGGAGGUCCGGCCAGGGGAGCUUCAAGAUAAGGCAAUUUUGGUAGUAGAUAGGGUCUUGAGAGUGGACAGCCAUGCACAGCGGCACUCUGUCAAUCAGACUCUGGUCAGGGCCUUGGUUGAAGCUUUUAAGCAUGGAAAUGUAAACACAAAAAGGUAUGCUCAGGAUGCUCUGACCAACCUAAAGCAGUUGUCGGGGAUGAGCGGAAAGAACUCAACUCACUCUCGAGGACGGCGAAGAUAAUAUAUCGAGUGUUUUGGUUUUGAAAGCAUGUUCUCGUUGCACAUUUCAGCUGUAGCCAGUACCCAUGCAAGGUUGCACCACUGUGCGUCUCUGACUUACCAGAAGAAUCAAGAAUGUUGUUGUAUAAUUAUACAAGUACCACUACAAUAAAAGUGAGAAUGUUUUCUUUUGGUUUUUAGUAGACAUACCCUGAUUUACUCGGUAUUCAUCUUUUGGCAGCAUUUCUGUUUCA